CAGUACCAGAGAGGUAAUUUCCUUUCUGAUUGACAUUGAUUACUUCACAAAAUAAAUAAGUAAUUAUUAAAUAUUAAUUAGAUUAUUAUAAUGGUUUUGACCAAAACUUUUCCUAUCUUAGAGCGAUUAUUACAAAAUACCAAACAAUUCCAUACUUCAAGAACUAGCAAAGAAUAUGAUGGACCUGGUAAAACAACAAUAGAUAUCAUUAAUAAUCAAAAUAUUGCUGAGACACACAACAGAUUUUUAAUAACCAAAUGUUUACCGAUAGGAUUUAAAUUAAACGAUAAUUCAUUACUAUUGGGUCCUCUUGUAAUUUUUGGUGGAACGAUUCUGUCUUGGAAUAUCGAUUCUGCAAAGGACAUAAAUGAAGCAACUUUAUCUUUAUUCACUAUUGUACAUCCAGCACUAGAUCUCGUAGUUUUAGGUCUUGAAACUAAUUAUAAAUAUAACAGAGUUCUAGAAAUAAAAAAGGUAUUAAUGAAAUAUAAUAUUAGAUCUGAAAUACUUCCGGUAAGACAAGCUUGUGGAGUAUACAAUUUUCUCGUAAGUGAUGGAAAAUACGUCGCAGCAGGUUUAAUACCACCAUUACCUGACAAAUCUAACCUAUAUUGCAGAUUACAGCGACUACCGACUGAAAAGCGUGAACUUGUGGAUAAAUAAUUAAAUAGCACUAUAUAUUAGUAAUAUAAUAUUUAUAGGAUAAUUUCUAUAUCUGUAUAUUAAUGUGUUGCGACAUUAAAUGUGAAAUAAAAUUUUAUUAAUCAUA